AUGCAGAUCUUUCACCAAGUUGGUCUCUUUGUACUGGCCAGCAGCCUCUUUCAGGCAACUGCGCUGGCAGUUCCCCAUUAUGCUCUCCACAAACGGGCGAGCAACAGCUCUGCUGCCCCGGCGAACGAAAAGGAUCUCAGAACCUGGUGGCACGACACCGGUGUGGUCAACCCUUGGACGCCAGUCAGCGAUGGAGAUGUGCGACAGUCGCAUAAAUAUUCGGUCCAGGUCUCUAUCGACGGUAAUGGAACAUUCUUUGACUCUUUUGUCUAUGAGAGCAUUCCUCGCAGCGGAAAGGGGAAGCUCUGCUACCCGGAUCAGCCGGAUAUAUGCAAUGACGAUGACCAAAUCACGAUCGAAGCCGACAUUGGUGUCACCAUGGGCUGGUCUCAGUUUUUGUACGGUAGCGAUGUCGUGGUGAAGGUAACCCGGCUGGAUGGGAAGGCAGUGUCGGCUGACGACGUUACUAUCCGUCCAACUAAUCGCAAAUUUACGGUCACGGCGACGAAAAACGCAGCCCUGAUCACGGUGCCCUACACCCCUGACACAAAUGGCGCCCGAUUUUCGGUAGAGUUCGCCGAUGAUCUCUUCGAAUAUCAUACGCGGGAGCUCGCGACCCAGUCCAGCUACGUCCAAGAUGUCAACAAAACCGCGGCCAACUAUGUUGAGUCUUACACGGACGCGAUGCCCAUUGUUGGGCGGGAACCUCUCAAUGCUCUCCUGAUCUUCGCCAGUCCUUUUCCGGCUUCUGACUUGGUCCCUUCAGACCAAGGUGAUAUCUACGAUGUCAAACCCGGGCUAGUAGAGAGUCUAGAGAAUGUGGAUAAAUCUGUUGUCUUCUUUGGACCUGGCGUUUACUGGUUUACCGGUAAGAACCGCGCCGUGCUGAGCUCUUCGGUAUCUUGGGUCUACCUGGCCCCUGGUGCCUACGUGAAAGGAGCUAUUGAGUACAACAAUGGCCAAUCAGACCUGAAAGCUUCUGGGUUUGGUGUCCUCUCGGGUGAACAGUAUGUUUACCAGGCCAACACGGCCGACGGAUACAGUAACAACAAGUCGGAUCAAACCUCCCUCAAAAUGUGGCGAGGCAAUGGCGUUACGAGUAGCCAGACUUGGACCAUGAAUGGGAUCACUACCAACGCACAGCCGUUUAAUAGUAUGGACUUCUACGACAGCAAUGGAAAUACUCCCCCCAACGGUUUCAGCGUUGAUGUUUCCGACUAUAAACAAGUCGGUGCUUUCUACGGCCAGACGGAUGGCCUGGAGAUGUAUACCAACGGCUACUUGCGAGACAUCUUCUAUCACUCUGGGGAUGAUACGCUAAAGACCUAUUACUCCGGGGUUACCGCCGAGCGACUCAUUGUUUGGAAGACCGACAACGCGGCGGUCAUUCAAAUUGGGUGGUAUCCUCGCACCCUGGCGAACAUUCAUCUCGACCAGAUAGAUGUGAUCCAUAGUCGAUAUUACUCCUUCCUGGACUAUGCCCCGCGCGCUCUUAUUGGUUGCUCCUCAAGCUAUGUGAACACUGGUUCUACGGACACGGCCGAUGUAACCACGACCAUCUCCAAUUACACGGUGUCAAACAUUCGCUCAGAGGGCAUAUCUGCAGGCCUCAUUAGUCUGAAUAUGUUGUCUAACUUUGACGAGUUCAAAAUUGACACAGCGUGGAUUGAAGAAUUUUCCCUAGUUCCGCAACUGGGCACCAGCACCAUUGUUGGCUUCACCGAUGCUAGCCAUAACAACGAAAAGGUGACGCUUGGCGCAUCCAGCGGAACCGGUCUCACAAUUACAGGUUACAAAGUCGGGGACGCCGUCAUCAGCUUCCAAAACAAUAAUUGGGAUGCCACGCAGGCUGGACGGCUCAAUGUCGACCCAGCCUAUGAUGGCAAGUGGACCGUUCAGUAA